UAUUUCUUUGUUCGUUGUUGUCAGUGUCCUACACCAGAAGAAGAAAGACGACACUCUGAUAGACUGUGUUUUACGUCCUACAUUAAAAACUGAACUUAAAACUUGUUCAUUUGUGGAUCAGUACCCCCUUUCAGAUGAGAUUUACGUCAGGAUAUGUGUCAACGAAACUGUCCAGAUUGAUAUAAGACGGUUUCAUAAUGGAAAACCUGGAGACGAAGGAAUUACCUUGACCAGAACACAGUGGCAAUACUUGAAAGCAUCUGUAAAUCAUAUGGAUGUUUCUAUUUUAAAGCAUAGAAAAGUGAGAAAUAAUAAAUCAGGGGAUGAAGAAUAAGAACAAGACUGUGCACUUUUCAGAAACGGUUACGGUUAUCCUUAUUCCCUAUGAAGAACGAAAAGGGGAAUGGAUGAUCAUGGCUUUGGACAGAUAUCGCUUUAAAAGAAGAAUAGAAAACGCAUCAAAUAUAAUAAGCCCUGUAUUGGAGAAACAUUUACAAAUAAUAGUAAGAAAUUACACUACGCUAGAUGAUGACAGUCAAAGACAGCAUCCUAUUUUAAUAUCAGAACUUACAGUCAAGGAGGAGUCUGCAGUCAAGGAGCAGUCUACAGUCAAGGAGGAGUCUACAGUCAAGGGGGAGUCUACAGUCAAGGAGCAGUCUACAGUCAAGGAGGAGUCUACAGUCAAGGAGCAGUCUACAGUCAAUGACGUCAUACGAUUACACACACCAAGUGAUCUAAAUUGUAUAUAAACUUAAAUCAAUUUGGAAAUUUUACCAGUUCUUGUCGUCAGCAAGAUGGAGCAAAAACACCAAGAUCUCAUCAAAGCAAACUACUCUACAUUGGUAAAAAAGAUGAUGUCUGGUUCAGUAGCAGGACACUUAUACGCUUCGCACAUUAUUACAGAUGAAAUGAGACAGAAAAUAGAAGCCGAAAAGACCAGUUAUGACAAAAACAGGAAACUAUUAAACAUUAUUUUGCGUCGAGGUUCUACUGCUUUUAUGGGACUCCGGAAGGCAUUACUCAAAGCUAACCAAGGCGACCUAUCAAGACUCCUGAUGAACACUGAUGAAGAUUCAAAAACCGAAUACGAAAAGAAGUUAGCCAUGGCAAGGUCGUUAGUGAUCAACACAAAAGACAGGGGUAUGUCUGAAUCUAAAAAAGACAAGCGUUUGCAGGAGCAAAGAUGCAGAAUACCAUUAGAUGACGUAAACGACCUCUUCCUCACUGUCAUGCCUUACAAGGGGAUACUUUACAUACAUAUCCGACACCUUGCAGAGUCCCACGGCCGACUCAUUGCCACAAAGAAGGGGGUUACCUUUCCUUUAGACCGAUGGUUAAAGUUUGAAGCUCCUUUACCAGAUAUCCAAAGCUACAUCGACAAUGUCGGACAAGAAAAUGACGAAGCACAGUGGCAUGUUGGCGGAGGAGUGUUCGUUUCGUUAUCACCGAACAAUCCUACAGUAGACAUAAGACAUUUCUGGAAACCAUAUGACGCUACACAACCAGUCCCAACAAAGAAGGGAGUCACACUAAACAGGAACAAGUUGGCAAGACUUGGCUAUGCUGUCGAAGAGAUGCAUGAGUAUGUUCCGGAGUUAAAAGACGUAGAACUUUGCAUGCUGAGCGAGUCUCACCAGAAUCAACUUGGAAUGCUUAACUGUCCCGAAUGUACUCCUUUCGGAUAUGACCCACAAGAGACUCUACCCUCCUCCAUGGAAUGUAACCCUGGAGAUUCUCAAGAUCUAAUGAACAGGGAGCGUGAUUUUGAAUGACAACUUUUUAAAUUAAUAAUUUA